AUGCUCCGUCAGAUUCAAGCUCAAAGCACCACCAAUAACAGCAGCCAACAAUCUCAAGCUCAAACUACCAGUCACUUCCAAGAGAUAGGUACCAAUCAGAAUCAUCAUGACCGCCAUCAACAAGGAAAGAUUACAACACAAGCUUCAACAGACACCAUGGAUGUUACUAAUAUGAUUGAUUACAACACCAUCCAUUUGUUCACUAUGUCUUCAAAUCUCAUUGAUCCAAAAGGUUGUAUCAAAUUCGGUAACUAUACCAUUGCUGGUGUUAUAAAAUUCUUGGUUGAACUAAAUACUUUUUGUUUUGGAGAGUCCACUAAAUCGUUUGACACUCUAUCCAAACCACAAACACAAACUUUGUUGUUGAAGUUUAAGCAAAAUGUCAUCUUUACAGAACUGCAUUCAAGUCAUGAUGAUUUACAAAGCUCUGAUAAUUUCAUUUUCAAUAAAGCUGGUGUUUACUUUCCAUUCCGUUAUUGGUUUCAAAGAAGAAAGGUGUUGAAUAAUCAUUCAUUAGAAAUUCUGGUUCCAAUGAGAUUUAUGCUGGGAUAUUAUUACUUGGUGUUUAUCAUCCCGUUUACGUACUACUGGGAAUCAUUCCCGGUAGUGACGCUGGGAUUGCUGUUUUUCAUAUGUUCACUUUGUUCAUGA